CAACAACGACGUUCUUUUCCACCACCUGGUGUUUCACCUACCCAGGAACAGGUGAUCUUACAUUGUCAUCAUAGCAGCUGGUAAUGUGUUUCUUGUAAACCUUAAAUCAUUCGUUGAUCCAGUCAUUCGUUUAUCUUCAAAAUGGUAUCGCUUUUCGGUAUCAAGUUCGGCGACAAGAAAAAGGGGAAGCCCGCGGCGGGGGACAACAGCUAUGCGGAUUCUGAGAAAUCGGCAUCCCUGAAACGAGCCAUCACCAACGAAAGCAGCGAUGCAGCGACAUCCCCGAUUCUUCCUCCGCCUGGGACCGCUCCCUAUGCGCACGGCAUCGGCGCCCAAAACCAGGCCACUUCGAGCAUGUCCAACCUCGCCGACCCGUAUAGCAACAACGCUUCCGGCGUCAAACACUAUGCCUCGGAUGCGAACCUACGGGCCAAGUUCGGCGCCAUGAAUGGGUCUUCGGCAAGCUUGGCACACGGCCCGGGUCCGGUUCUGUCGCCGCGCCCCCAAACUGCAAACGCCAAGAGCAAACCGUGGGACAGUUCUGACCUUCCCGAUAUCCCCACCAUAAAGAAGGCCUCUACCGCACCUAUUGCGCCCAAGUCCCCUUUGAGUCAGGUUGCCACGGAUUUUCCAGCGAUUCCCAUGGACACCAACGUUCUUCACUCGCCAAUGAAGGAGAAGUUGGAGGCGACUGUGAGACUGGUUCAGUCGGACGAAGAUGCGGAGGACGUGCAAGGGGCGAUUUCGAAAGACCAGCAAGUUCUCGAGCGAAACGUUGGGGAGGAAAAGAUUUCGGACGAGAUGUCGCCCACUGAGCCUUUGGCGAGACCUCACUAUAUGUCUCUGCUAGACCCCCUCCAUGGGCCAGGCCCGGUUCUGAAGAAUAUCGACGAGAGACCUAGUAGCCGGGGCGGCAUGCAGGAUGGACCGGGCCCAGUGUUCAGAGGGAACAUCGAUGAAAGACCAGGUAGCCGAGGAGGAAUGCAUGGCGGGCCUGGUGGCCCUGGUGGUCCGGUGUUUCGAGGUAACAUCGACCAAAGACCGGGAAGUCGUGGUGGGAUGCACGAUGGACCCGGUGGUCCCGCACCAAUCUUUCGUGGUAACAUUGAUCAGAGACCCGGUAGCCGAGGUGGAAUGCCUAUAAAUGGCCCCAACGGUCCUAACGGCCCGCCCCGCCCCUUCCCGACCCAUGGUCAUGGUCCUCCUCGCCAUGGACCACCCACUCAUGGCCUUCCACACCCACCCGGACCUCGCACAGGAGCUCCAGGACCCCGCGGACCCGGUCCCCAAGGCCCUCCCCACCCAGGCCCCCAUCCGGGUCCUCACCCAGGACCUCCGCGCCAAGGCCCGCCUUACCGAGGACCGAUGCCGCAUCAGGGGCCUCCUCACCCGGGCACACCCAACCGAGGACCACCACGCCAGGGACCGCCUCCCCAUGGUAUUUCGCCUCAGGGCACUCCCCGCCAAGGGUCUCCUCACCAGGGACCUCCUCGGCAUGGAUCUCCCCAUGGCACUCCUUAUCGUGGAACUCCCCCUCCUCAUGGGCCUCCACGCGGGCCUCUUCCCCAUGGGCCUCACCAGUCUGGCCCUCACCCUGGGCCUCAUGGUGCCCCACAUGGACCCCCUCAUGGACCUCCUGGCCCUCUGCGUCCUGGUCUUCGCGGCCCCCCUACUCAAGGAUCUCCCCAUCAAGGACCUCCGCGUCAGGGACCUCAACCCCAAGGCCCUCCGCAUGGCGGCCCUACACCGCUUUCUGCGCCUAACAAGCCGCUUCCUCAGCAGCCGGGUGGACCUACACCUCUUACUGCGCCCAAUAAGCCACUUCCUCAACAACCAGGCGUAAAUGCUCGUGGUCCUCUGCCACACGGACAUGCUACUUUGGGGAACCUCCCACGCCUGCAGAUUCCUGGUUCGGAUAGCCGUCCUCAAAGCCCCGCUAUGAAGACUCUUAGCCCAGCCAAACCUAGCAAGGAGGAAGAAGCAAGUCCGAGAACUGUUUCCAAGCCGGAUGUAGCUCAGUCACCAAAGAGUGUCUCCGAGGCCGAAACCAGGAGCAACUCGCCAUCGCCUCCAGAAUCCAUCGCAGAACACCUGCUUGACGACGAUGAUUCGAUUUUCUCCAGGCCGAUUAUCAAGACCCUCGGAGCGAGACGUGACACACUGACUAUCAUCUCCCCUCGAAGACAAAGUCUUUCGAUGAAGAUCGAAGCACUGGAGCGGAGCCUCAUCGGUGCCCAGAAAGGCCGAAGCCUCGACGACCAGCAACGCAGCUUUGACGACAAGAGCCUUAGCUCCGCCAGCAGCAUUUACAGCCAGUUACAUUUGUCGGAGGACGAAGACGACGACGGACCGAUUUUAUCAUCGAUCCAACCUGCGCCGCUGCGUACUCCAACAAAAACCAGCGCCACUAACCCGAUGAUCGCCGACAUGUUUUCCGAGUCACCGACAGCAGAAGACCCGCCAACUCCGAUUGCCAAGGACGAUCCCGAAACGCCCAUCAUCACGUCCCAUCCCGGAUCAUUCAGCAGUGCGGGCGGUAGCGGCUAUGGAAUGUCAACCCCAAGGAGAGGAGGACCACCGGCAGCAGCUUUCAGGACUCGUCGUCCUGCUCUCGAAGAGUACAGUCUGUUCAGCGGUCGAUCGACACCCGUUUCUCGCCCAGGACGAUCAGGCACAGCAUCCACAACCGGCGGCAGCGUGAGCUCUCCGUACCCGGGCACCGCCGACAGUAGCACCUUCAACUCGCCCCUGCGAUCCAACACACCGCAGCUCUGCCAUCCCCCUCCGCGACGUGACAUCAACCCGCCGACGCCGGCUCUGACUCCCGACCCGGAACCGUAUCGACCAGCCGUCAGCCCGCUCGCCAACGCCGGCUUCAACUUCGAUUUCGGCCCUACCGCCCCGUCCGUCACCACCACGGGCCCUCCAACGCCCGACUCCAUGAUCGGUCCCGGCCCCGCCAUCAUCUCGCCCUUGAAGCCCGCCCCCCGCAACUCGACCCUCAACAGGCCCCACAUACCCGCGCCGCUCAACUUCAACUUCAAUCCCGACGCCGACUCGCGUAGCACCACCACCCCGCCUUCGCAGCACGACCAAACCCAAAAAUCCCCUUACACCCCGCCACUCCGCAGGGCCACCACGCCCGCAAUCGACGGUACGUUCGACGGACUUUACGAAGACGGCACAGGCACAGACAUAGGCACGAGACCCUCGACCGCAUUGGGCGCGCAUAGACCACCGCCCAUGACGCCCAUCUUUGGGCAGCAUCCGCCCCGGGCUCCGAGCCGGGCACAGACGCCUAUGCUUGGUGGUGCAGACGAUGCAGCGGACCCUGAGGAAGUAGCGAGGGUGUUGGGCAUUGGAGUGGCGAGGGGGUUGAGCGUUAAGCAGCCGAAGCAGAGGGCGCCGGAACGGCCGCCGGUGCCGAAUCCGACGCUGGUGGAUAGGUUUGGGAAUGGGAUGUUUUAGUUGGGGUGGGGUUGGUGCUGGUGCUGGUGCUGUACAGAUUGAGUGUGUGGGCUUGUGGGAUAGAAGGGUUCUGUGUGCGGUGUUUGGAUGGUGCAACUGUAACUGGUUUUUCGCUUCUUGUACAAAUUUACCUUGUCAUUUGAUUGAGGAAGAAUGUGGAAGAGGAGGGGAACUUGGAAGGUUCGAGAGGGAGGGGGGAGAGGGGAGGGGAGAGAGAAAGCUGUACAUUUGCAUAUUUGUUCGCGUCAUCGUUUCGGUCAGCAACUUGGAUACUUGUUAGAAUGGCGGGGAGUGGGAUUUACUAGAAAGGAAGGUUUUGGUUUAUUGGAAUAUCGGCACAUCAACAUGUAGCGUCAACUGUAUACAUAUUACAUCUUAGAAAAUUUUCAUAAUUGCAUAGUACGUUUCGUUUUGGG